GGCAGAAGCUACUCACUGUAAAGUUCAUUAUACUAAACUUUUAAAGAAGAACCGCGACUACUGGAUACACUCGAGAAGAGGAAAGGACCAGCUUCGAUAGUCUUAAAAAGUUUUUGUUUCUCGUUGGUCUGCCUGCUUUUUUUUUUUUUCGUUAAACGGAACAAAGGACUCGACCCUUCAAAUAAGCUAUAACUUUGGAAGAAAGCCUUUUUUUUUUUAAAACAACCUAAACUUCUGUUUUCCUGCCAUACACGCUUUAUGUAUUUGGAUUUAAUACUUUUACCCCGCCGUCCUACUAUGGUCAUAAUGGAGGUCCCCACCAUCGACUGUGCGUCCCUGCGUGGUUUGUUGGACGGCGACGUUCCGGGCUGCCUACUGCUGGACUGCCGCUCCUUUCUGUCAUUCAACUCGUCCCAUAUAUCGGGCUCCACCAACGUGCGCUUCAGCACCAUAGUGCGAAGAAGAGCCAGGGGGGGUCUAGGACUUGAGCACAUCGUCCCCAACGAGGACACCAGGAACAGGCUCCUGUCCGGAAAGUACCCGUCCGUGGUGCUGCUUGACGAUCGCAGUUUGGACUUAAGCCAGGCGAAGAAAGACGGGACUUUGAUGCUUGCUGUUACGGCACUGUGUCGCGCUCCCUGCGGAGCCAGUGUUUUUAUUCUUCAAGGCGGAUUUGAGGCAUUUUCCACAGAGUAUCCAGAGAUGUGCACCAAACCCUCCCCUCCACAGGGGCUCAGUUUGCCCCUGAGCUCCAGCCACCCUGAGAGUGCAGACCCAAGCUGUAGUCCAUGCAAUACCCCCUUAUAUGAUCAGGGGGGUCCUGUGGAGAUUUUGCCUUUCUUGUACCUUGGCAGUGCUUACCAUGCCUCCAGAAAAGACAUGCUGGACAUGCUGGGAAUCACUGCUUUAAUCAACGUCUCUGCCAACUGCCCCAACCACUUUGAGGACUCCUUCCUCUAUAAGAGCAUCCCCGUUGAGGACAACCACAAAGCCGAUAUCAGCUCCUGGUUCAAUGAGGCAAUCGAAUUUAUCGACUCAGUGAGAAACAAUGGAGGCCGCGUAUUUGUGCACUGUCAAGCAGGCAUCUCUCGCUCCGCCACCAUUUGCCUUGCCUACCUCAUGCGGACCAACCGCGUGAAGCUGGACGAGGCCUUUGAGUUUGUCAAACAGCGCCGCAGCAUCAUCUCCCCCAACUUCAGCUUCAUGGGUCAGCUCCUCCAGUUUGAGUCCCAGGUCCUGGCGUCGUCCACAUGCUCCUCAGAGGCAGGAAGUCCAGCUAUCGGCAACAGCAGCACAGUCUUCAAUUUCCCUGUUUCCAUCCCUGUACACACCUCAGCUGGUCAGCUCUCAUUCCUCCACAGUCCCAUCACCACCUCUCCCAGCUGCUGAGGAAGGCGUGGGCAACACUGACAUUGUUUGGACUUGAACUGCACCUCAUGAGUGACUCUACACAGAGCACUGCACAAAACACAAUUCUCAAUUAUGAUCCAUUUUGUGGUGAUACUGGUAUCACUAGAUAGAAUGGGAGCUAUUGUUUGGGGUCAGAACAUUUGACUGAUCUGCUGGCCACGUUUCUGUAGGUCAGCCUCAUCAUUUCAAGGGGAGAUUUUAUAACUACCAGUAGGCAGUAUUGAUGUUCAACCUCCUAAAUGUGAAAGUCAUCCACAGUUUAAAAAAAAAUUCUGGAUGACUUGGGAAAUGGCUGAAAGGAUAUUAUAAAAAAUUAUAAAUAUCUGAAUAUUCUUUAUUUGGAGGACUUUUUUUUAUGAAGGCAACUGCUUUUGAUAAUCAUAACAAAAAACUAAAAACUAAACAAAAUGGAGAGGGCUAACAGUUGUCUCAGGAAUGUUGACAUUUCCUCUCAAAUGUCCAGUUUGCUUUCUGUACUGGUUAAAGAAAGCAAUGUAAAUCUGUUGUGCAAAAUGACCUGGGAGUUACUCCUUCAUUUGACGAACAAUGAAUGUAUACCCCCUCUUUUCAGUGUAGAUGUGGCAGAAAUCUUCAUGUUCAGUUUGACAGUUGAGUGGGGUUUCCAACUCAAGCGCAAACACCUGCCUUUCAAGACAUCAUCAGACCUUGACGAUCCUGACACAUCGGGGAAACUGACCAUUAAAUACCUCAUGUUUCUGUACUGUGUACUGCGGCGCUGAGGCAGACAGAACCCCAAAAACUACUAAAACGGGGCCACGUGGUCUUCAGUGACUGCAAUCUGACAUAUUUAUUGAACUAAAGUAAUAUAUUUCUUUAUCAUAUCUAUUUUUGCAUAUGUUUGUUUAAAUGUUGUUUUAUACCACUGAAUAAAUCUCAUCUGACUUUUGUA